UCCGUCCUGCUGUACGUCUCCACGGUGACUUGUGCUCAUGAUGAGCAUAGCUGGUGCAAUUCUUUAGAAACUCUUUUGGGAAGCUGUUGUGAUCUCAAGAAUCUUAACAGAGGAACCUUUUUUUCCAGAUCAGUUUUUGAUGUCCCAUUGACCUACUGUAUAAUGAGGAAAUGUUACCUGGGAUCGUUUAUUAUUUGUCUAUUCCUGACCCACACGAAAGGACAUGAUCAGGAGGACAGUCAAGCUGGUUGUAGCACCACAUCCACUGACUUGGUGUACAUCAUUGAUGGCUCGUCAAGUCUCGGCAUUGCAGACUUCAACGCAGCCAAGCGCUGGCUCAUCAACAUCACCGGUGGCUACGACGUGCGCUCUCGACACACUCAGGUCGCUGUGGUCCAAUACAGCGAUACGCCACGGCUGGAGAUCCCGCUCGGGAAGCACCAGGACACUCAGACCCUUCUGAAGGACAUCGCUGCAAUCUCCUACCUCGGUGGCAAAACUCAGACAGGCCGUGCCAUCAAGUUUGCCACUGACCAUGUGUUCUCUGACCUAAACCACACCACGAAGACCACCAGGAAACGCAUCAUUGUGGUUCUGACGGACGGCCGGUCGCAGGACGAUGUGGUGGAUCCGGCGAUGGAAGCCAAAGCGCAGAACAUCGUCCUGUUUGCUGUAGGCGUCGGAGAUGAGAUCACCAACGCCGAGCUGGUGUCCAUGGCCAACAAGCCUUCUUCCACUUACGUGCUGCAUGUGGAGGACUACACCUCCAUUGGGAAUAUAGGAGGUGUGAUGGAGCAGAAACUCUGUGAGGAGUCGGUGUGUCCUCCGAGGAUCCCUGGUACUGUCAAUGGGCAGAAGGGCUUUGACCUGAUGAGUAUAAUGGGGAUCGAGACAGUGGCAAAAAAGGUGCAGGGAUCUAUCGUAUCUGAAGCUGCCUACCUCCUGAACCCUCGCUUGGAUCUUACUCACAGCACCAGAGAGAUCUUUCCAGCAGGCCUGCCUCCUUCCUAUGUGUUUGUGGCCACUCUGCGGGUCAAAAACCCAGUCCACCGGAUGAAGUUUGACCUCUGGAGGGUGCUGUCUGAAAACGGUGUCCGGCAAGUCGCAGUGACUUUGAAUGGCUUAGACAAGUCCGUCAUCUUUACCAGUACCAGCACAACGGCGAGAGAACAGACUGUCCUAUUUAAUGACCGAGGCAUUAAGAGGCUCUUUGACACAGAUUGGCACCAGCUGAAGUUGUUGGUGAGGCCCAAACGUGUCACCUGCUUUGUAGAUGACAUAUACGUCGAGGAGCAGCUCUUGGACAAAGCUGUUCCCAUCUACAUCAACGGCAAGACGCAAGUGGCCACAAAAAGCAACCUAGGGACCACUGUGCCAAUCAUCUUACAGAAGCUGCGGCUCUACUGUGACCCUCUGCAGAGCGAGCGAGAGACAGCAUGCGAGAUCUCCUCCGUGCAGGAUGACAGGUGUCCUACUGAUCGUUCUCAUCCUGGCGAGGGUUGUGACUGCCCCAGUGGUAAACCCGGACCACCAGGCCUACCUGGACCCAUGGGCUUCAGAGGAGAGAAGGGUCGGGAGGGACCUCCUGGCCCAGACGGAAAACCUGGUAAGCUGGGAGAAAGGGGUCCAUCUGGGCAGCCUGGAAGAGACGGCGGGAAAGGUGAACCAGGUGAACCAGGCCAAAAGGGAGAGAGAGGACAGGCUGGUGCCAAAGGUGCGAUGGGAAUCCAAGGGCCACCAGGACUGCCUGGCCCUCCGGGGCCUCUGGGGCCCACUGGCCCUGGACUCUCAAAAUGGAAUGAUUAUGCAGUAGAAGCAAGCAAGGGAUUCCCAGGGCAGAAAGGGGAAACAGGACCCCCAGGGAAACCUGGAUCACCAGGGGAGCCUGGAGUACCUGGAAAUGAUGGGCUUCCAGGACUGGGUGGACUGAAGGGUGAAAAGGGAGACCUUGGUGAACCUGGAACCGAUGGACACAAUGGGAUCCCGGGCAUGAGAGGAAUUCCAGGUGAAACAGGGCCUGCUGGACCUCAGGGGGACCGUGGAUUGCCAGGGCCACCAGGGUCAGUGGGAGCAAAAGGACCUCAGGGACCCCCAGGCCCAAUGGGACCACCCGGUCUAGAAGGUCCAGCCGGUCCAAAGGGAAACCCAGGGCCUCGAGGGCAAGAUGGCAUCCCAGGUGCACCCGGUACUAAAGGAUCUCAGGGAGAACCUGGUGUUCAAGGGCCACAAGGCAUUAUGGGUCUACCAGGGUUAAAAGGCCACAAGGGGGAAUCAGGAGAGUCUGGUCCAAAAGGAAGUCAGGGUGAGAAGGGAAAUGCGGGAUCACCUGGGCUCCCUGGGAAACCUGGCGAGCCGGGCCUCAGGGGGAGCAAAGGAGAGCGGGGUUUAACCGGAGAUCCUGGAAUCAGAGGGGCUGAUGGGAAAAAGGGAGAAACUGGUCUAAUAGGACCAGCAGGGCCGCGAGGAUUUCCUGGAAACGAUGGGUUGCAAGGACAACCAGGUAUCCCAGGCUACCCAGGAAAACCGGGGAAGCCACCUUCAGAAGAAUACUUGAUGAAGAUUUGUGCAUCGGUGUUGCAAAAUCAACUGCCACAGCUCCUUCAGGCAAUGUCCCCCAGAUCAUGCCAACACUGUGAGACGAUUAAGGGACCCCCAGGUGAUCCAGGCCCACCUGGACCGAAAGGCCCAACUGGAACUCCAGGCUAUCCUGGCAGUCCUGGACUGCAGGGAUAUCCGGGACAGCCUGGGGCUACGGGACCCGUGGGCCCGAAAGGUGAAAUUGGAGCAACAGGUGUGAAAGGUGCCAAAGGAGAGAGUCGCCAUGGGCUCCCGGGUCCACCUGGUCCACCAGGUUUACAAGGCCCUCGUGGACAAGACGGAGAGGGAUAUCCAGGCCCCGCAGGUUCUACAGGAAAACCUGGCAUACCUGGUAUCCCGGGGAAACGAGGUCCUCCAGGAGUCGCCGGCGUCUGUGACCCGUCUUCAUGCUACAUGGGUUACGCUGACCAGCAAGGACACUUCAUCAAAGGGCCCGGAUUUUAGCGAGCUUAAUCCACACUCCGUAUUGACUUUUCCGGGCCUCCAUGGUCCUGAGCCCAAGCAGACAAAUCAAGUCUCAUACUGUCUACGGUGACUUGAGUGUUCUGGAUUGUGUUUGAUUUCGAUUUAUUUGAUAUUAACUUCUGUAUUAGGCCCAGAUAAAAGGGCUAAGAGUUUGAAAAGUGUCAGUUUUGUACUUGAGGUUCUUUGUCAGAUGUAUUCAUUUUGGUAUGAAGCUAGAAUAAUGAUCCUGUAAUGUAGCAGCAUACAGAUGUUUUCCUUGUGCCAGGCUUGUAAUAUAGUAUGUACAGAACCAGUCAAAUGUUUGGACACAUCCAAGUACAGAUUUGUUUUUUACAUUCUAGAACAAUACCGGAUGUUUCAAAACUAUGAAAUAACUCAUAUAGCAUUAGGAAACAAAGUGACAACAAAAACAUAACAACAACAGCAGGUUAAAAUAACAAGAACAGUAUUGUCAAAUGCGUUUGCAAAACCCAUCAAGCACCAUGAUGUAACUGGCUUUCAUGAAGACCAUCCCAGGAAACCAAGACCAAAACUGACCUCUGCUAUAUGUUCAUUUAGAGUUAACAGCCUCAGAACUCACCAACGUCAACAACCAGCACCCCACAUUAUGAAGGCUUUACAUAGCAGAAGUAGCAGACACAUCUCAAUUGACAUUAUUGCAUAUUUUUGACGCCUUCAGCAUUGCUUUAUAAUGUAGAAAGAAACGCAAAUCAGAAAGACCACGAAGUUAGGAGGUGUGUCUAAACUUUUGACUGGUAGUGAUGAGAAAAAAUAACUCAUAUCUGGAAAUCAAAUGUUAGACAACAAACAAUAGCAAACACUAAGAUACUAAGAUACGAUUGUUUCGUAUUGAGUCACCCGGCCACAGGCCACGUCGUCCUCCUGAAACCAUAUUUUCUUGAAACCCACAUUGGUGCUCGCGUUUGUGAAUUGCAUUUUAUUGUAAAUAGACAUAGGUGUUGCACUGCAUCUCGAAACACUACCUCUGUAUUAGACGCGAAGUAGUCCAACAGUUAGACUGGAACUAUGUUUUAUUAUAAAAGUGUUGGCUGAUAUCUACGACUGCUAAGGAUAUAUCUUGGUUUGAAAAAAAAAAAAGAAGAAGAAGAAGGAACGAAGCUUAUUCUGUGUUUCAUGGAUCAUGCCCGUGUGUGUGUGUGUG